AUGGCACCAUAUGAGGCUCUGUAUGAGCACAAGUGCCAGACAAUUUUGUGUUGGUAUAAGAACGGUGAAAGUAUGAUUGUAGGACCUGAGAUGGUGCAAUACAGAGAAGGUCAAGAAGAUAAAAGAGAAAAUGAAGAUCUCGCAAGACCUUUCGAGCAGGGUGACCUGGUGUUUCUGAGAGUCGCACCUACAACUGGAGUUGGCAGAGCCAUAAAAUCAAGGAAAUUAACCUCAAAAUUUAUCAAACCAUACCAAAUUACUGCACGAACUAAACCUGUGGUUUAUCAGAUUGCGUUGCCUCCAAUACUGUCCAAUAUUCACGAUGUAUUUCACAUGUCGCAAUUAAGGAAAUAUAUUUCAGAUCCAUCACAAGUGAACGAACCAAACACAAUUCAACUAAAGGAAAACUUGUCAUUCGAAGUUUAUUGA